AUGCCGGUUAUACGUAACCCCUUCCGCAGGACUCCCGCUGCUCCUCCAACCACUACCACAGCUUUCAACAAUGUCUCCUCUGACUCUGUAAUCACCGAGAACCUUUCCCAGUCGCAGUCGCAGGUCUCGCUCGGAUACGAGGAUAAUGCGCGCCCGAGGACUACUCUGGCUGGGUCAAAGCCGAAGGGUAGUGUAAGCGCGAUCAGCAUUCCGAGGGCAGAUGAUGAGGGGUACAAGUUGAGUGUCAAAUCCGAAAGCUCCUCUCACAGUUCCAAAGUCUGGACCCCACCCUCCGAAGAGGAGCAAUUUGUAAUCCCGCGCGAGUCCUUUGAGUGCUAUCGUCGCUCAUUCGACAUUUCCGCGCGCUCCCCAGUCACGGACAUUGCGCCGUCCCGGGGCUCCUUCGACCUGCGGCCCGCAACGCGCGCAUCGCUGGAUGUGCGCCCGACAACUCGCGCGUCUCUCGAUGUGCGCCCUUCGCGUGCGUCGCUCGAUGUGCAGCCGUCGGCGCGGCUGUCACUGGACCAGCGGCCGUUGAGGAGGGGCCCGGGUUUCUCGAGCACGUUGGAGGAUGCGUUCGAGGAGGUGAAGCUCACGGAUGAGGCGGCAAGGCCGAAGAAGAGAAGCAUCUUUUCGAGGUUUGGCGCGGAUCAUGGGGCUGGGAGAGAUACGGCGGUGAUGGGUAGGAAGGAGGCUACGGCGGAGGUUGCGGAGAGUGAGUUGAGGCCGAUUACUGCGGGCAGGGAUUAG